AUGGCUCCAGGCCUCUUCCCAUCAAUGGCCCAGCCUCUCCCAUCCAUGCCUGCCCUGCUUCCCCAUCAUGGCCCUCCUCUCCCCAAUCAUGACCCAGCCCUCUCCCCAUCAUGGUCCCCACAGCCUCAUCCGCAUCAUGGCCCCAGCCUGCUGCCCAUCAUGGCCCCAGCCUCUCCCAUCAUGGCCGCAGGCCUCUCCCAUACAUUGGACGCAGCGCUCUCCCCAUCAUGGCCCCGCCCUUCCCCAUCAUGGCCGCUCCUCUGCCCAUAUGGCCCAACCCUCAUCCCCAUCAUGGCCCAGCCUCUCCCCAUCAUGACCUGCCCUCGUCCCCAUCAUGGCCCUAUCCUUCUCCCUAUCAUGGCCCAGCCUCAAUCCCAUCAUGGCCGCUGCCCCUCUCGCCCAUCAUAG